AUGGCUUCUCACACCUCUCGCAUUGUUGAUUUGGAGACGCAGAUGGCGUCUGUGCAGCUCCAAUUAGAGUCUCAGCAUCAGGACUUGAAGACCGCUAUUGCGGAGCUUGCUGCUUCCACGAAGGACAAUCUGGACGCAUUGGCGGCGUCGUUUGCUCGCAGUCGGGAGAAGUCUCUGGUUCAUACGGCGCCGCAGUCGCAGGCUCCCUUCGCCAACGCACAACACUUUCGUUCUCCGCAGAAGCGUUCGUCGCUAUUGGAUCACUAUCCUCGCUUGGAGUUUUCCUACUUCUCGGGUUCAGAUCCUCUUGUUUGGGUGAUCAAGUGUAAUAAGCUCUUUCUUCUCUACUCGAUUCCUGAAGAGCAGAAAGUCGAUUUGGUUUCAUACUAUUUGGAGGGCCGAGCCUAUACAUGGUUUGAAGGAUGGUCUUUCCGUCGUUUUCCGUUGAUUUGGGGCCAUUUCGUCGAAGAGCUUCUUCAUCGGGUUGGGAAUCGUGAGCAGUUGAAUGUAGUGGCGGCUUUCAACAAGCUCUGGCAAACAUCCACUGUUGCUCGUUACCAGGAGGAGUUUGAAGAUCUUGGUUCACGCCUUCUCCGAUUGAAUCCCGAACUCAAUGAGCACUACUUCAUCUUGAGCUUUCUAGGAGGGCUCGACGAAGAAAUUCAGCCUCGCGUUCAGUUACUUAAUCAACCGACCUUGGCGUGUGCGUUUUAUCAAGCGCGAUUGGAGGAGUCCGCCAUUGACGCCCGAAGGAAGAAGACGCGUUCUGCUCCUCUCAAUCGGUGGUCCAUUCCUUCUUCCUCGACGUCGCACUCUUCUUUUCAGCGGGAGCGGUCCCUUCCUUCUCCGUCCACUGUCGAUCGGAAUUCCACCCCUCGCGGACACGGCCUCUGUUAUAAAUGUGGCGACAAGUACUUCCAUGGCCACGUUUGCGCCAGGAAGAAAUAG